GUCCUAGUUGAGUCCCCUCCCCGUGGGCCGGGCCUCUCCGGCGCCCCCGCCCCGCUCGCUCCCGGGAGAUGUUUAUCUGGGCAGCUGCGUGAGGAGCCGGUGGCUGGCGGCGAGGAGUCUCGGGUCCGAGGAGCGUCUUGUGGCACCGGAGAGACAAGAUGUCCGCCAGGGCCGCGGCCGCCAAGAACACAGCAAUGGAGGAAACAGCUAUAUGGGAACAACACACGGUGACACUUCACAGGGCUCCUGGAUUUGGAUUUGGAAUUGCAAUAUCUGGUGGAAGAGAUAAUCCUCAUUUCCAGAGUGGGGAAACCUCGAUUGUGAUUUCAGAUGUGCUUAAAGGAGGACCCGCAGAAGGGCAGCUGCAGGAAAAUGACCGAGUCGCGAUGGUUAAUGGCGUUUCAAUGGAUAAUGUUGAACAUGCUUUUGCUGUUCAGCAACUAAGGAAAAGUGGAAAAAAUGCAAAAAUUACCAUUCGAAGGAAAAAGAAAGUUCAGAUACCAGUAAGUCGUCCUGAUCCUGAACCAGUAUCUGAGAAUGAAGAAGAUAGUUAUGAUGAGGAAGUACACGACCCGAGAAGUGGCCGUGGGGGCAUGGUUAACAGGAGGAGUGAGAAGAGCUGGGCCAGGGAUAGAAGUGCAAGUCGAGAGAGGAGUCUGUCUCCGCGAUCUGAUAGGCGAUCUGUGGCUUCCAGUCAACCUGCCAGACCCACCAAAGUCACACUGGUGAAAUCCCGGAAAAACGAAGAAUAUGGUCUUCGAUUGGCCAGCCAUAUAUUUGUAAAGGAAAUUUCACAAGAUAGUUUGGCAGCAAGAGAUGGCAAUAUUCAAGAAGGCGAUGUUGUAUUGAAGAUAAAUGGUACCGUGACGGAAAAUAUGUCAUUGACAGAUGCAAAGACAUUGAUAGAGAGGUCUAAAGGCAAGUUAAAGAUGGUAGUUCAGAGAGAUGAGCGGGCUACCCUGCUGAAUGUCCCUGAUCUUUCUGACAGUAUCCACUCUGCUAAUGCCUCUGAGAGAGAUGACAUUUCAGAAAUUCAGUCACUGGCAUCAGAUCAUUCUGGUCGAUCACACGACCGGCCUCCCCGUCACAGCCGAUCACGAUCUCCUGACCAGCGGUCAGAGCCUUCUGACCAUUCUAGACAGUCUCCACAGCAGCCCAGCAAUGGCAGUCUCCGGAGCAGAGAGGAAGAGAGAAUUUCUAAACCCGGGGCUGUCUCAACUCCUGUAAAGCAUGCAGAUGAUCACACACCUAAAACAGUGGAAGAAGUUACAGUUGAAAGAAAUGAGAAACAAACACCCAAUCUUCCAGAACCAAAGCCUGUGUAUGCUCAGGUUGGACAGCCAGACGUGGAUUUACCUGUCAGUCCAUCUGAUGGGAUCCUGCCUAAUGCAACUCAUGAAGAUGGGAUUCUUCGGCCCAGCAUGAAAUUAGUAAAAUUCAGGAAAGGAGAUAGUGUGGGUUUGCGGCUGGCUGGUGGAAAUGAUGUUGGAAUAUUUGUAGCUGGCGUUCUUGAAGAUAGCCCUGCUGCCAAAGAAGGCUUGGAAGAGGGUGAUCAGAUUCUCAGGGUAAACAAUGUAGACUUCACAAAUAUCAUAAGAGAAGAAGCUGUCCUUUUUCUACUUGACCUCCCAAAAGGAGAAGAAGUGACCAUAUUGGCUCAGAAGAAGAAGGAUGUUUAUCGUCGCAUCGUAGAAUCAGAUGUAGGAGAUUCUUUCUAUAUUAGAACUCAUUUUGAAUAUGAAAAGGAAUCUCCCUAUGGACUUAGUUUUAACAAAGGAGAGGUGUUCCGUGUUGUGGAUACUUUGUACAACGGAAAACUGGGCUCUUGGCUUGCUAUUCGAAUUGGCAAAAAUCAUAAGGAGGUAGAACGAGGCAUCAUCCCUAAUAAGAACAGAGCUGAGCAGUUAGCCAGUGUACAGUACACACUUCCAAAGACGGCAGGAGGAGACCGCGCCGACUUCUGGAGAUUCCGAGGUCUGCGUAGCUCCAAGAGAAAUCUGCGCAAGAGCAGAGAAGAUUUGUCAGCCCAGCCGGUUCAGACAAAGUUCCCAGCAUAUGAGAGAGUUGUUCUUCGAGAAGCUGGAUUUCUGAGGCCUGUAACCAUCUUUGGACCAAUAGCUGAUGUUGCCAGAGAAAAGCUGGCCAGAGAAGAACCAGAUAUUUAUCAGAUUGCAAAAAGUGAACCUCGAGAUGCUGGAACUGACCAACGGAGCUCUGGUAUUAUUCGCCUUCAUACAAUAAAGCAAAUAAUAGAUCAAGAUAAACAUGCUUUAUUGGAUGUAACACCAAAUGCAGUUGAUCGUCUGAAUUAUGCCCAGUGGUAUCCAAUUGUAGUGUUCCUUAACCCUGAUUCUAAGCAAGGUGUGAAAACAAUGAGGAUGAGGUUAUGUCCAGAAUCUAGGAAAAGCGCCAGGAAAUUAUAUGAGCGGUCUCAUAAACUUCGUAAAAAUAAUCACCAUCUUUUUACAACUACAAUUAAUUUAAAUUCAAUGAAUGACGGUUGGUAUGGUGCAUUGAAAGAAGCAAUUCAGCAACAACAGAACCAGUUGGUGUGGGUUUCUGAGGGAAAGGCGGAUGGUGCUACAAGUGAUGACCUUGAUUUGCAUGAUGAUCGUCUGUCCUACCUGUCAGCCCCAGGUAGUGAAUACUCAAUGUAUAGCACGGACAGUAGACAUACUUCUGACUAUGAAGAUACAGAUACAGAAGGCGGGGCCUACACUGAUCAAGAACUAGAUGAGACUCUUAAUGAUGAGGUGGGGACUCCCCCGGAGUCUGCCAUUACACGGUCCUCUGAGCCUGUCAGAGAGGAUUCCUCUGGAAUGCAUCAUGACCACCAGACAUAUCCUACUUACUCACCACAAGCGCAGCCACAGCCAGUUCAUAGAAUAGACUCCCCUGGACUUAAGACAGCCUCUCAACAGAAAGCAGAAGCCUCAUCUCCAGGCCCUUACCUUUCGCCUGAAACAAACCCAGCAUCAUCAACCUCUGCUGUUAAUCCUAAUGUAAACUUAACUAAUGUCAGACUGGAGGAGCCCACCCCAGCUCCUUUCACCUCUGACUCACCACAAGCUGAUUCUUUAAGAGCACCACGCACUGAGGCAGCUCACAUAAUGCUAAGAGGUCAAGAGCCAUCAUUGUCGUCGCAUGUAGAUCCAGCAAAGGUAUAUAGGAAGGAUCCCUAUCCUGAGGAAGUGAUGAGACAGAACCAUGUUUUGAAGCAGCCAGCUGUUGCUCACCCAGGGCAGAGGCUAGACAAGGAGCCCAGUCUGAGCUAUGAGCCGCAGCCCCCAUACGCAGAGAGACAGGCCAGCAGGGACCUGGAGCAGCCUGCCUACAGAUAUGACUCCUCAAACUACACGGACCAGUUUCCUCGAAACUACGACCAUCGUCUGCGCUAUGACGACCGCAUCCCUGCGUAUGAGGAGCAGUGGUCCUAUUAUGAUGACAAACAGCCGUACCAGCCCCGGCCUUCUUUUGAUAAUCAGCACCCGCGAGACCUGGACUCCAGACAGCAUCCCGAGGAGUCCUCAGAACGAGGGUAUUUCCCACGUUUCGAGGAGCCAACCCCUCUGUCCUAUGAAAGCCGACCGCGCUACGACCCGCCACUCAGGACCUCCACCCUGCGGCACGAAGAGCAGCCCGCUCCUGGGUUUGACGUGCAUGGGAGGUACAGGCCAGACGCGCAGCCCUACUCCUCCACAGGCCCCAAGGCGUCCGAGCCUAAGCAGUAUUUUGACCAGUACUCACGGAGUUAUGAGCAGGUCCCGCCCCAAGGCUUCACCUCCAAAGCAGGCCCGGGCCACUACGAGCCUCUCCACGGUGCUGCCCUUGUCCCGCCUCAGCACAAGCCGGAAGUGCCGCCCGCAAGUACCAAACCACUGCCUCCACCCCCAGCUCUGGUCGAGGAAGAGGAAGACCCAGCGAUGAAGCCACAGUCAGUGCUCACCAGAGUGAAAAUGUUUGAAAACAAAAGGUCUGCAUCAGUGGAGAGCAAGAAGGAUGAAAACCAUAACUCUGGUUUCAAGCCUCCAGAGGUCACGUCUAAACCUGCAGGUGCUCCCGUCCUAGGUCCUAAAGCCCCUGCUCAGAAUCAGCUCAUUGAACACGACAGAACACUGCACAGGAUCCCCGAACCGCAAAAACCUCAAAUGAAGCCGCUUGAAGACAUUGUUCGGUCAAAUCAUUAUGAUCCUGAGGAAGAUGAAGAAUACUAUCGAAAACAGCUCUCCUACUUUGAUCGAAGAAGUUUUGAGAGCAAGCCUUCUGCACAUGUCCCUGCCAGCCACCUCUCAGAGCCCGCCAAGCCGGUUCAUUCUCAGAGUCAGCCACAGUUUUCUAGUUACUCUUCCAAGGGGAAGUCUGCUGAGGCUGAAGCUGUGGACAGGCCGUUUGGGGAGAAGCGCUAUGACCCACUGCAGGCCACACCACCCCCUCCGCCGCCGCCCACCCAGUACAGCCAGGCCGCCCAGCCCGGCCCCAGCACCACCCUCAGCCUCCACUCACACACCAAGGGGACACUCGGCGAAGGUAAUUCCAUGUCAUUGGAUUUUCAGAGCUCUUUAGUGUCCAAACCAGACCCACCUCCAUCUCAGAAUAAGCCAGCAGCUUACAGACCAGCCAACCGAGAAGACGCUGCCCAGUCUGCUUUCUAUCCCCAGAAAAGUUUCCCAGAUAAAGCCCCAGCUAACGGGGCCGAACAGACUCAGAAAACGAUCACUCCAGCAUACAAUCGAUUCACACCAAAACCAUAUACAAGUUCUGCGCGGCCAUUUGAACGCAAGUUUGAAAGUCCUAAAUUCAGUCACAAUCUCCUGACGAGCGAAACUGCACAUAAACCUGACUUGUCUUCCAAAGCCCCCACUUCUCCGAAAACUCUGGUGAAAGCACACAGUUCCACGCAGCCUCCGGAGUUUGACAGUGGAGUUGAGACGUUCUCUGUCCACACAGAUAAUAAGCCUAAAUAUCAAGUAAACAGUAUCAGCACAGGGCCUAAAGCUGUGCCCGUGAGUCCCUCAGCUGUAGAAGAGGAUGAAGAUGAGGAUGGUCACACUGUGGUGGCCACCGCCCGCGGCGUAUUUAACAGCAACGGCGGGGUGCUGAGCUCCAUAGAGACAGGCGUUAGUAUCAUUAUCCCACAAGGAGCCAUUCCUGAGGGAGUCGAGCAGGAAAUCUAUUUCAAGGUCUGCCGAGACAACAGCAUCCUCCCGCCUUUGGAUAAGGAGAAAGGUGAGACCCUGCUGAGCCCCUUAGUGAUGUGCGGGCCCCAUGGCCUCAAGUUCCUGAAGCCCGUGGAGCUGCGCUUACCACACUGUGCGUCCAUGACUCCUGACGGUUGGUCUUUUGCUCUAAAAUCAUCCGACUCCUCGUCGGGCGAUCCUAAAACCUGGCAAAACAAGUGUCUUCCUGGAGAUCCAAAUUAUCUUGUUGGAGCAAACUGUGUUUCUGUCUUGAUUGACCACUUUUAAUUCUUAAAAUAUAGGAACUUGAUUAAAUAAUGUGAAACUGGGUUAAACUUACUAAAUCUAAAUGGAACCACUCCAUCAAGUAUUAUAUACUUUUCCUAUAAUUGACACUGCAGUGUGUUAGUAUCACACGCUUUGUUUGAACUGGAGAGGCUGAGUGAACAUCCCCUGAACCGUGUUUGGGAAACAUGCUGCCUGCUGCAUGUUGGGGGUCGGUGUUGGCUACAGGCUCCACGAUGUGAUGCUUUGUAAUGAGUUUUGUACUUUUAUAUGGUCACUGCUUAACUUCACAUAUUGAUUUCCGUUAAAAUACCAGCCAGUAAAUGGGGUGCAUUUGAGUUUUGUUCUUUCCAAAGUACACUGUUUCAGACUUUAUUAUGGCCCUGGCCUGGCAUACACAUUUUUAUUAUGCAUGAGGUAAUCACACGUUUUUAAAAAGCACCUCAAAUGUAUAACCAGUGUAAUGGAUUUAACAGAAAUGUACAGCAAGAGGAAUUUAUAGCUUUUUUUUUUUUUUUUUGGCGGGGCGGGGCAAGUGAAGACAAUUACUUACUGUAUAUGAAAACUCAUUUUUCUUAGGGAAGGACACCAAAGCAUGUGAGACUGGUUCUGUGGCCUCUUUGGAUCUAUAAGUUAACCAUAUCACCAUAGACAUACUAACCAGCAGGAACGCCUUACCCUUGUGUUUUUAAUUUUUAGAUCGUUCUGUGUGUUACUAAGUUUUUACGGCUUUUGUGCACAUCUAGACACUGUAUCAUGAAAAGAUUGAGUGAAUUGUGGAUUUGGUGGUUUCAGAAAUGUGUAAUCACCCAGAAGAAAAUAAUGGUGUGAUUUGGGGUGGGUUUUUUUUGUUUUGUUUGUUUGGCAAGGGGCAGUGGUUGUUUUCUCUCUCUUUUUUUUUUUUUUUAGGCUAUGCAUUUAAAAACUUUUGAUGUUUUAAGGAUGCUUGUACAUAAGGCGUGCAUACCACUUUGUUCUUGGUUUGUAAAUUAACUUUUAUAAACUUUACCUUUUUUAUACAUAAACAAAACCAAGUUUCUUAAGGCUACCUUUGUAUUCUCUCCUGUACCUCUUGAGCCUUGAACUUUGACCUCUGCAGCAAUAAAGCAGCAUUUCUAUGACACACACAAGGUCAGUUUUUUAAGAAAAAGAAUGCACAGAGUUGUUACAUUUUUAAAUGCUGCAUUCAAAAGAUACAGUUACUCAGAAUUCUCUAGUUUGAAUAAAUUCUUGCAAAGUAUCCCUAUUGUAAUUUGUGAUAUGAUGCUGUGCCCUAAAGUGUAUUUUUUUACUAAUAGACAAUUUAUUGUGGCACAUCAGCACAGUUUCUGUUUAGAUAAUACACCACUACAUUCUGUUAAUCAGUAGGUGUGACUGAAUUUCUUUUGCAGUUAUUAAAAAAUCUCAAAUUUCUAAAUCUGCAGAAUAAAACUUUUUAAAAUAAA